UCGAAACGCGCAGAGGGUUACGGCAAGGUGAUGGUAUUUCGUGUCUGCUAUUCAACAUCGCUUUGGAAGGGGUAAUACGAAGAGCAGGGAUUAACACUAGUGGUACAAUUUUCAAUAAGUCCGUCCAGCUUUUUGGCUUCGCCGACGACAUAGAUACUAUGGCACGUAACUUUGAGAAAAUGGAGGAAGCAUACAUCAGACUGAAAAGGGAAGCCAAGCGGAUCGGACUAGUCAUCAACACGUCGAAGACGAAGUACAUGAUAGGAAGCGGUUCAAGGGUUUUGCAAAAGAAGGCCCAAGUACAGGCCAAUAUGCGCACAAACAUUACCGACAGAUACUGGACAAGCUGGAUGAAGGAAGUGGCUCUGAGGUGGUGAAAUGGGGUGUACGCAUCGCGAGCGUAUUCACAACUGACACAGAUAAUGCAGGAGAUGAGAAAUACGAGCUACAGUCAUAAAAAGGAGCGUGCAUGUCCCUUCUUCCUAUCCAAGGAGAUAAUCGAGAGCGCGGAUAUACUCUCCAUGCCGUAUAAUUAUUUGCUGGACCCGAUGAUGCACAAGGCGAACAAUUUGGAGCUCCCGAACACGAUUAUCAUUCCGGACGAGGCUCACAAUGUGAAGAAAACGUGCGAAGAAUCGGCGUCGAUGCAAAUUCGACCGACGGACAAAGCGUGCAUUGAUAAUAUUAAAUACGUCGAUUAUGAAGGUGAUGGACCACUUGGUGGCUAUAACGAAGCGAAGAAAAAUUUCACUAUCGAUGAUUUGGCGCUACUGAAAGAGAUGCAAUUGGAAAGAACGGGAACAUGUAUUUUCGAAAUAUUCGAUAAUAUAACAUCAAAGGAGGUGAUUACCUACCAUGUCGUUGCUCACCUGUGUUACAUCUUGAAAAUAAUAUGUAUAAUUCACGCCAAAGGUGGUAUCCGGAGGAAGAUGUUGAUCGGAAGCAAACCCUGUCAAGUACUGCCACGUACCGAUCUUCCGCAAUCGAAAGAUGUCUAUACCCCAUCGCUGUCCCCAACCACCUCCAGAACAACCGAGCGGUUAAUGUUCACCCGGUUCAAUCGCGCGGAUCGUGUCCAGUUUCAGCUGUUCGAGAAAUUCGUUCCGUUUCCUUAUCGUAUGCCGCAGCUGAUCCAUUAUCCCUCGAUGGGCAGUUGUACCAGUGCAGUCGCCCUGUUUGCGAUCCCGAUAGGACUUCACAGGACGUUUAACAGCAUACAAACGGAUGAUUGUGCCUAG